AUGGUUUUCAAAGUUCCCGUCAACGUUUUUGGCGGAGCCAAACAGAUGAUGAGGCUUCCUACAAGCAGAACAUUGGUGGGUCAAGGGCUCUCAGCUGCCAGUUCGCAAUUGAGAAUGGCCUCCACCAAGACAAUGACCGUCAGAGACGCGUUGAACAGCGCUAUGGCUGAAGAAAUGGACCGCGAUGACGAUGUGUUCAUCAUUGGUGAAGAAGUGGCCCAGUACAACGGUGCGUACAAAGUGACCAAGGGUCUGUUGGAUCGUUUCGGUGAACGUCGUGUGGUGGACACUCCAAUCACGGAAAUGGGGUUCACCGGUUUGUCCGUGGGUGCUGCGCUAAAGGGUCUCAAGCCCAUUGUGGAAUUCAUGUCGUUCAACUUUUCGAUGCAAGCCAUCGACCAGGUUGUCAACUCUGCUGCCAAGACAUACUACAUGUCUGGUGGUACUCAAAAGUGCCAAAUCGUGUUCAGAGGUCCAAAUGGUGCAGCCGUUGGUGUCGGUGCCCAGCACUCGCAGGACUUUUCUGCGUGGUACGGUUCCAUCCCCGGUAUGAAGGUUUUGGUGCCUUACUCUGCUGAGGACGCCCGUGGUUUGUUGAAGGCCGCCAUCAGAGACCCAAACCCCGUGGUUUUCUUGGAAAAUGAGCUUUUGUACGGUGAAUCUUUCGAGGUUUCCGAGGAAUGCUUGUCCACCGACUUCACUUUGCCAUACAAGGCCAAGGUCGAGCGCGAAGGUACCGACAUUUCCAUCAUUACUUACACCAGAAACGUUCAGUUCUCGCUUCAGGCUGCCGAGACUUUGGAAAAGCAACACGGCAUCUCUGCCGAAGUGAUCAACUUGCGCGCUAUCAGACCUAUGGACGUUGAAGCCAUCAUCAAGUCUGUUAAGAAGACCAACCACCUGAUUACCGUCGAAUCCACCUUCCCUAACUUUGGUGUUGGUUCCGAAAUCGUGGCCCAAAUCAUGGAAUCCGAAGCCUUUGACUACCUCGACGCACCAGUGCAAAGAGUCACUGGUGCCGAUGUUCCAACUCCUUACGCCAAGGAAUUGGAAGACUUUGCCUUCCCAGACCCAGACGUGAUUGCUUCUGCCGUCAAAAAGGUCUUGUCUGUUGAAUAA